AUGAUUUACGAAGAACAACUAUCUAAAAUAGAACAUCUCUUUUAAAAUUACAAAGAUAGAAUUUCAAUUAUAUAGGACACUAAAUAUUCCUUUGUAAUUAAAGGUUAUAACGAAAAACUUGUGUUAGGAAAACAGAUAAUUAUUGAAACUAACCUUAUUGAUUAUUUUCAUUCUUAACUAGCCUUAUUAACAGGAGGGGCAGCAAUCACUUUGAAAAAAAUAUUUAGUAGUCUUUUAUUAUUUAUUAUUUUUAGAUGAACAACAUAGCGAUAAUGUUUAAUCCAUAGUCUUAUAACUUUUAAAAUGGAAAAUAGUUUUUGUUUAAAAAUUCUAAAGGUAUAUUGUUGUCAUACUUGAAUGCUAAUAUUUGGGGAACAUUGACAUUGCUUUAGACCUCAGCGUUUUUAAUCCUGAAAUUUAUUCGAAAGAAACAAAAAAAAUAAAAUAUACAAUUCUCAAAACUAAUUUAAGCAAGCAACAAUAGCUAAUAGAACCAUAAAAUUUUAAGAAUGUGAAGAUAGAAAAUUAAGUCUAUUCAAAGCCUAACUAAAAUUCAAUUAUAUUUGAUGAAAAUUUGAUUAAUUUAUCAUUGAUUGAUAUUACAAUAAAUAGAAGUUACUAAAAAUUCUGUUAGGAUUCGUAGACUAUAUCGGAAUUAUUGGCAAACAAGAAGAAAAAUUGGAUUUUGGAAGGAAGAAUUAUCCAAAAAAGUCAAAUGCUUGAAUUUAAGAAAAAAAACUCAAAUAUUUCUACUUAUUAUUUUAAGAUUAUCAUUUUGGAUCAGAAAUAAGAUAUCAUUAUUGGAUUAUUUUAUGAUAAAGCAAACCAAAAAAUGUUUGAUUUUUUAGAAAAAGGAAGAGUUUACACAUUUAAAAAUGGACGCAUAUCUAAAAAUAAUCUAAAUUAUUCAUAGUCUAUAACAUUUACACAAUUUUCAAUUAUUUAAGUUUCUUAAAAUUAUAAUCUUCCUCAUCUUCCUUAACUUUCAUUAAAAAAAAUAUAUGACUUAUAAAAUCAAUAGAAGGAUUAAAAAAUUGAUUUAGUUGCAGCAAUUUAAGUAAAUAUUGAACUAAAAUAUUUUUAUAGGAAAUCAAGACAAUAUCAGGAAUGGGCUUAUAAUUAAUGGUUUUAGAUUAAACUGGAAGGAUUGCUGUUAAAUUAUUAGGAAAAUAAUAUGCAAAUUAAAUGUUGUCAAUAGGCCAAAUACUUAUCUUCAAAAACUUGCUUUUUAAGAACUAAUAGAAUUUUACAUAUCUUUCUUCAUAUCACAACACUAUAAUUUUAGAUAAUUCAGAUUUUAUUGAGUAAUUAUAGAUUAAAAUUUAGAGUUCAAGCUUUGCACGAAUGGUUGUUAGAAAAAGAUUUAGAUUAAAUUAUGAAACCUAAUUCGGAUUGUCUAACAGUAAAUUUGAAAUAGUUGGAAGAAAACGUAUUUAAGAAAUUGAAUGAAGACAGAACAAAUCACAUAGAAACUGUAUUUAUAAUUGGAUAUUUGACCGAAUUAUCGAAUUUUAUUUAUCCAAGAUGUCCAAACAAUAAAUGUCACUCGAAAAUGGAAUAUUCGUAAUAAAGGUAAAAUUAUAGAUGUAAAAAAUGCUUCAUUGAAAAUAAUUCCCCACAAUAAAGUUUUAUUUUAAAUUUAAAAAUAAUGGAUGAAUAUAAUUCUAUUGAAGCUAUUGUAUUUGAUGAUUUUGCAGUUAAAUUACUAGGUUUAACAGCUGAUUAAUUUUCUAAAUUAAAUGAAUCAUAAUAAAAUAUGAUUUUAAUUGUUUCGAAGUUCAGAUAAUUUAAAAUUAAACUCUAAGUUCUUUUUAAUGAGUAUAAUGGUUAAAUAAGACCAAAAUAUAAAGUUGUUGAAAUCUAUGACAUCGAUUAUAACGAGUUGGCCCAAAAAGAAAUGAAGACCUUUGAAGAAGUUGAUUAUUUAUUAAAUGUUUCAUAAAUUUUAUGA